UUAUGAUUAUAUACUAUUCAUAGAGGAGAACAGUAGAAAGACAUAAAAAUAUAAUAUAGACCUUGAGUACUAGAAAGAAUAUCCGUCAAGAGAUUUAAUUAAUUAGUGAUUGGAUGACCUUAGACCCUUUGAUUAUUGGGUAGCGCCUUGGCAGUGGGCGUGCAUUUACCAAGACACGCCGGGCGCCAAAGCUAUAUAUAUACUGAGAGUCCCUCCCACAGAGCGUCUUCUCAAGCAAGCCAACCUUCUCUACAACACUUCCGUGUAAGCAUUCACCUCUACUUUUCUGCACUCUCGAGACCUAAAAGUGCAAUGUCCCUCUUCGCAAAUGACAACAGUCUCAGUGCUCUCAUCAACAGACCACGUCCAAGCCGAUGGGCACUAUUCCUCAAAGAACCCUGUGUUUUUAUUGCUCGGACGCUCUACAGCUGGCGAUAUGUUCUUCCUAGCGAUCCAAUAAAUCCAAUCACUGUGGUAUGCAUUUCAGACACGCACAACAGCCAACCACCAGUUCCUGCAGGGGACAUACUUAUACACGCUGGAGAUUUGACCCAAAGCGGCACUCAGGAAGAGCUCGCUGCGGCUAUCGAAUGGCUGAAGGCCUUACCUCAUGCACACAAAAUUCUCGUAGGCGGCAACCACGACGCUCUCCUUGAUAAAUCCUUCACCCGGCACAGAUCUGACCGGGUCAUGAAAGGGCUUGACUGGGGAGAUUUGAUAUACCUGGAAAGGGAGAGCGUGGUAGUGUCUUGCUCGAAUGGGCGACGCAUCUCGAUAUAUGGAAGCCCGAUGUCGCCGCGUCAUGGGAACUGGGCUUUUCAAUAUCCACGGACGGAAGAUAUAUGGACAAACACUAUUCCAUCUGAUCUAGAUAUUCUUAUCACUCAUGGUCCACCGAAAGGCCAUCUCGACUGUGGCGGGCUCGGCUGUGCGUUUCUGCUUCGGGAGAUCUGGAGAGUAAAACCCAAGCUUCAUGUGUUCGGACAUGUCCACGAAGGGCAUGGCAAGGAAUGGAUCCCGUACAGUGUUCUUCAGGAGGCAUAUGAGGCUACGGUUGUGAUGCGCGGAGGACUCAGCAACAUGAUCUGGACGGUCUGGAUGUAUCUGAGGGUAAGGUUCGCACCGCCUACAAAGUCGAGCACUUUGUUGGUCAAUGCAGCACAAGUAGGCGGACUGAGAGAUGAGGUUAAGAGGGCUCCCAUAGUAGUGCGAAUAUAAGGGCGCGU